CAUUCAAUUAACUCUUCUACUUUUCCUUCCCUUCCUCAUCACUCCCUUUUCAUAUUUUCUUCUUCUUUUCCUCUUUAAUCCAAAAGCCAAAUUCUGGGUUUCUCUUCUUUGAGUUCAAAAUCCAUUACCCGUCAUAAGAAAUCCUUUCUUUUCUCAGCUCAAAAAAGCUGCCUGCUUGGGGUUCUUGAUAUUGCCUCAACCGACCAUUCUCAAAGUUUUCUUUUUAUAUAAAUUUCCAAGUUUUUGUUUUUCUAACAUCUUCAUGCUCAAUCUUCUGUUCUUGAUGUUUGAGAUUCAUGUCUCCAAUUCUCAGUGAAAUCUUCUUUUCUGGGUUUAUGAUCAAUUCUACAUUCAUUCGAAGGACCCAACUCGUUCAAUCUUUCUCAGUUGUUUUCCUUUACUGGUUGUACUACGUUUCAUGAUUUUCUAGCCUUUUUUUUCUUUCAAGUUUUCUAUCUCUCUCUAUAUAAUAAAUAAAUAAAUAAAUAAAUUCAACUACUAUAAUAUUCUACUAAUCUGCAUAUUAUUCAUCUUUUAUCUACAACUUUCCAUGGCUUCCUCAAGUGGAACAUCAUCAGGUUCAUCAACCAUGGUCACAAACUCAGGCUCCGAUGAAGAUUUACAAGCAUUAAUGAACGAAAGGAAGAGGAAAAGAAUGAUAUCCAACAGGGAAUCAGCAAGGCGGUCAAGGAUGAGGAAACAAAAGCAUUUAGAUGAUCUCAUGGCACAAGUUUCCCAGCUACAAAAUGAAAAUCACCAGAUUUUAACAACGGUGAGCAUCACCACACAGCGUUACUUGAACGUGGAGGCUGAGAACUCGGUGCUUAGAGCUCAAGCCAACGAGCUUAGUCACAGGUUACAGUCCCUCAAUGAUAUCAUUGAUUCCUUAAAUGGAUGCAAUAACAAUAUUGGUGGUGCUGACGGUGGUGGUGAUUGUGGUGGUUUUAAUGUUGCAACGAUUGGUUUCAAUGAGAUGGUUGAUCAUAGCUUUAUUAACCCUUUCAAUUUGGCUUACUUGAAUCAACCUAUCAUGGCUUCUGCAGAUAAUAACAUGUUUCAGUAUUGAUCUUCAUGAGCUUAUUGAUAUAUAUAUACAUAUAUCUGAUCAAAGGGGGUUAAAGUGGAGGAGUUUUAAUGUUUUUUUGGGGUUUGGUUUUUAGAGUAUUUUCAAUGAUUAUUAGUAGUAGGGGAAUUGUGCUUAUUGGGGUUUAAUUUGUAUAACCUAUCCAAUGCAAAGCAAAAUAUUAUUAAUGUACUUUGAGGUUUUAGUUUUUUUUUUAA